CCUUAGCUUGUUUUUCUUUGCGUUUCUCUCUCAUCUCAUCUCCCCAACUCCUUCAACACCUCUAUCUCUCUCUCUCUUCCUCCCAUUGCUCAGUGGGUUUUGUGUUGUCUCUUUUUUCCCCUCUUUAUUAGAGAAAGUAGAGAGAUGAGAGUACAGAGUAGAGAGAGAAACACCAUAAAUUUCUAUCACAAGGGUUAGGGAGGUUUUUUUUAUCUCACUUUUUUUUUUGCCUCAAUUCAUCACUUUUUUUACAUUAUUAUUCUUAUGUUUAUUUUUUCUGGGUUUUUAGAGGCAGAUCCAUUUCUAGCUGGGAAGUUUGGGCAGCUCCAUAGCGCGCUUUCCAUUUGUCUUUGAUUUAUCUUGCACCAAUUACUUAAAGUAAGAACACAGAAGCUGUGAUGCAGGGACAGAGGAGUGCCAUCGGUUCCCUGCCUGAUUCAAUAAACUUUGAUUAUGGGUCCCCAUCAAGCAACAUGGGUGUAGAUCAGCAAAUUUGCUGGAAUAAUCUCCGGAAUCCUGCUGAAAGCAGGUUGUCUGAUUAUAGAGUUUCAGGUAGCAGUUCGGAUACAUACAUGGGUGGUGUUAGUCAAGAAGGGAGAAACUUUAGUAGAUGGAAUAUUGGUGAAUCGAGUUCUAAUGAUCCUCCGAACGUUGUUAGCUAUGAUGACAGGAUGACUCAAAGUGGGUGGCCCUCUUCGUUGAAUGGCUCCGUUGGUGCUGCAUUGACAUUAGAGGACCAACGGUAUGAGCCUACAAAUUUUGUUUCACAUACUGGUGUUAAUUUAAACCUCAGCAGCGACCAGGCUGUUAUUGGUCCCGCAUAUGUGCAAAGUUCCGACACUGAUUCUGCUUCUCAAAGCCAUGUCUUGAACGAUGGAAAUUUUCAUAGAGUUCGUGAUGAUAUGGACUAUCCUAGUGCUUCUAAAUCUAUUGGCUUUGAGAGCAAAUUUGCUCCCUCAGCUAGUAGCUCUUCUGAUCCUUUUGCUUCUUCGUCUGGAAGUGGUGGUUUCCUUGUUGAAGAGGAGGAAGGCAGGCCUGGUUGCUCAUUAGAUAGUCGACGUCUUUCUUGUAAGAGAAAGACUCUUGAAGGAAAUGCUGGACAGUCUUCUAGUGGUGGAAGUUACUUUUCCAGGGCAGAAGGUGGCAUGUGGCACACAGUUCCUCCUCGCUAUGAUGGCGCUCCCAGUGAUGUUGUAUCCCUCUCCUCACAAAGCUCUCCAAGCAUUAGCCCUCCCGAACAGGUCAAUCCAGGACUUGGAUUAGGCGUGGGUGGAGGAAGUCCUGCUGAUAGUCUUCGUCCUCUAAGUGUGCUAGGAGGUCCAGAAACUUCUCAGAGGAACUAUCGUAUGAGGGUGAAUCCCUCAAUACAGCAAGAUUCUAUGCCAGAUAAUUCUUCUUCAACCGCUCUCAAUGGUGGUGCCCGGCGUCCUGAUGUCCCGUCAGCUCAUCAACCAUUUAGAUUUGUGCCUAUGAAUCCUCCUCUUGAUUUGAUGUCACCAGUUCCCGCGAACAGCUCAGUUCCACAAAGUCAAUCCGUCAUAUUGCGUGUACCUGCCGUUCGGCGACAUGUGCAAACUCACAGGUGGAAUGGGGCUCCUAAUUUAAGGCAUGGAAGUUCCUCGGUUGAGAGGGAAGCUGCAUUGCCUGAAGAUUUGAAUUCUAGAAAUCUGUCUAGGAAUAUUGCAGAACAUCCUAUGUUUGUACCUCCAGUGGAGGCAAGAUAUUCUGCUCAAAAUCCAACAAAUUGGAGUCUGAAUGGUACUGCUGGAAUUUCUAGAAACAUUCCGUCGAGUUCUCGCACCGGGUCUGCUUCAGCUUCCCACAGUACACCAGGACCUAGUUGGGGCCCUCACCGCCAUCCUUCAUCACAGUACUCCCGUCGAUUGUCUGAAUAUGUUCGUAGAUCAUUGUUGUCUACAGUUGGGUCUGAAAUUGCAGGCCCGAGCAGUAACAAUAGCCAACGCUCAGGUCCUGCUUCCUCACAAGACGGAGUUCUUCCUUCUAGUGGUGGAAAUCAGGGGCAUAAUCAGCCACACUCCAGGUCAGCAUUGUGGAUUGAGAGGCAAGGUGAUGGUGCUGUUGGCAUUCCCUAUUCUUUGCGAGCCUUAGCAGCUGCUGGUGAAGGAAGAAGCAGGCUUGUAUCUGAGCUUCGAAAUGUCUUGGAUAUCAUGCGUAGAGGUGAAGGGUUACGUUUUGAGGAUGUUAUGAUCCUGGAUCAGUCAGUCUUAUUUGGAAUGGCUGAUGUUCAUGAUCAGCACAGGGACAUGCGGCUUGAUGUUGAUAACAUGUCUUAUGAGGAGCUAUUGGCUUUGGAGGAGAGCAUUGGGAAUGUUUGUACUGGAUUGAACGAGGAAACAAUUUUGAAACAAAUGAAACAGCACAAGUAUAUACAUACUAUGUCUAUGAGUGAUGAUCAAGUUGAGGUAGUGCCUUGCUGUAUCUGUCAGGAAGUGUACAGUGAUGGAGAAAACAUCGGAACCUUGGAUUGCGGACAUGAUUUUCACAGUGAGUGUGUUAAACAAUGGCUGACACACAAGAACUUGUGCCCCAUUUGUAAAACAACAGCUCUAGCUACAUAAGAAAAAAGAGUCGAUUUUAUUUUGAAGUUACUACUGCUUCCCAAAGGAAUGCAAGAGUGGAACAUGUUCCAUCUAAGUUGAGAAAUCUUCAAGGAUUAAUGUUUGUUUACAAACUUCCUUGUUAGUGUGAAUCUUUUGGCUUAGGGGUCUUCUUAUUCUUACAUUUAUAAAUUAUUAGUGUUGUUAAUGCCACCCUAAUUCAUGAAAUCUGUUUUAGUA